AUGCCUAGUACAUACGGAGGAGCAAAGAGUGGCUUUAUCCGGCAUGAUUUUACAUCCAGCAGACAUAUAUCAUCAUCAGUUUCACUUUCCCCAACAAAACACGAGCAGAAGAAUCAAAUGUUACUAUCAGAGAAGCAAAAUGUUGUUGUCUCAAAGAAAAUUGUUUUAGCAGAUAGACCGUGGACACAUCAAAAGAAAAGAAUAGCUAAAUCUUGCACUAAUAGGCGUGACACGACUUCAAAUUCCGGGUCAACAGGUCUAACGACAUUAUUUGCAUGUCUGGACGGUUUAGCGACAGAUAAUGAUGAGUCAAAUGAUAGCAGAUUGUCUAAGAGAAGAAAGACAACUUUUUUUGGAUCUCGUGUAUCGAACUAUUAUAAUCCUAGUGAAGAUUCAUCUAAUCAGGACUCUUCAGAUGAUUCAGAUGCUUCAAGUAAGGACGAAUCGCAAGAAAAUUGUGUGGAUGAGAGUAUAGGAACGAUAAUAAAGCAGUUAGGCAAUGUGAGGGAGAAAAUAGAUAUGGAUAAAGAUCUAAAUAAAUGCAGAGCUCGAAAAUUGGCACGGUAUACAACAUUUGUGAGGAAUAUGUCACUUAAAGGUCGCACAUAUGAAUCAACAAGGAGUUUUAGAGCCGAUGAGCGGACAAUUUCCGAUGAUGAUGAUGAUGAUAGCAGCGUUGAUGAUGACAUUAUAGAGGAUUCAAAUGUCAUAAAUACAAACACAAAUACAAAUCUAUCCUCCUUAGACGGGUUGAGCAGUGAUAAAGUACUUUCGACGUUGGAUCUACGAACAUCUGGCAUCAACACGCAAAAUAAAGAGGAGCUGGAGCUUUUUAUGGAAGGAUAUGAAGCAGAAACCUCAUUUUAUAACCGAAAAGAUGUACUUAAAGAAUUCUUGGAACAAAUACGCCAAAGGCCAUCAUUUGCUAAAUACAUUUGCAAAUUUGGGUUUCCCGCCAUGUUUCUAAAUCAAUCUUUGAGGAAAGACAGUAAGGUUGAGGAUAUAUGCAGUCUUUGGCUUAUGAUUUUUAUGGAAUUGUUAAAGUCAAGCACAAACAGCAGAAUUCUGUCAUCAUUCUUCCGGGCUAUACCCAACCAACCUGAAUUUAUUCUCACUCUUUUGCACAGUAAGAAAGAUGAGGUUAAAAGUGGUAUUCUAAAAGUUUUGUGCAAGCUGGUUGAUGUUUCGACAGACUUCGAUAUUACAAGAUAUUUUCAGGAAGAUGAACAGUCUGAAUUUAUAAAAGAGCUCAGGAAUUGCAUUGAAAGCUCUAGUUUAAGCAUUGAAAGCACCGAUCAAUGUCUAAGGAUAUACCAUCGGAUGGUGCUUACAGGAAAUGUGGGUGAUGAGUUAUCGUUUUACAAGCUAACAUUAUCUAUUAUGAAAUUUGUGAGGGAUCGUACCAAAUGUGAACAGAGGAAACUUGCAUCAAUCCUGAAGCUUGGAAUAUCGCUAACAAGCAGCCUGAAUCAUGAGGAGGAUGGACUCCGAAAGAAAAUACGAGACGUUUUAUUUAACAGGGAAGUGUUUUCUGGAUUAAUUGAAAUAACCAUAUCGAAUAUCGGAAGCCAAGACGGAAAUCAGCUAUCGUUGUUUGCACUUGGAUAUCUAGUUAAUUUUGUGGAUGAGAGUAAGUAUCUUCAAGAAUGUGAUCGUUCAGUAUUCAAGAAGUUGAAGAAGGUAUUGCAUGAUAAUAUGGGAGGAGCAAAUAGCCAAACAGCAGAGACUCAUGUUGAAGGGUAUUUGGCUUUGGUUUACGGGAAGCUACUCACUUAUAAAUCACUAAAUGCUGAUUUAAGCAUUGAUGAACAGGAAAAGGCCACACUUAUAAAUGUAUUAAGGAGAUUUGAGGAGCUAAUAUCGUCCAAUAUUCAGAUAAAGAGGAAGGUAGACCUCAUAUUGAAGCAACUAGAAUCGUAA